AGGGGACACACGCAGCACUGAGGAGGGACUGAGAAUGAAUGACCGCGUUCAAACAGUGACCGUGAGUUUCUGUUGGGAAAGCAUCAAGAUCUGCGGCAAACUGUGCAGGAUUGCGUUCAUCUCCAAAAUCCGGGUUGCAGCCGACAGCCUCAUCAUGGACAUAAGAUUGUUUUUUCGAAGAAAAGAGCCAGGUUCAGGCCAAAGAGGAAGAGAUGAAAAAGGGGAAGGAGAGGAGAGAGUGCAAAGUCAGGAAGAACCAGAAGCCUGAGUAUUGAACAGAAUAAAUGUGGACAGCUUGGUGAAUCUGGACCGAGGAGGAGGAAAAGUCAAAGAGAUCAGGAGCCAAAACUAGAAGCACCUGGACACAAAUAGAAGUGGAUGCUGCAGAAGGAGAUUUCCAUAAUCACCAGAAGAAGCUUCUGCAAACUGUGUGUCUCUGAUCACCUGCAGCGUCCAGCAUCGAUGUAAAGAGAAGAAGAAGCUCUGCAGCCUGACGAAGUCAGCAGGGUGGGGCCUGGCUAGUUCCUGGAUGGGAGAAGCUGGGAAUAGCAGAUAGAUGCUGGAAGCUUUUAUCUGUCCAACCUGCAGAGGGCGCUGCUGCUGCUGGACUGGAAACAGCCUGAAGAACCAGAGGAGGAAUUAUUCUGCAGAUAUGGAAAGAAAACACACAAGUAAACAGUGGAGCAGCUACAAUCAGUGAUUUCAGACACUGCUGACUGAUUUCAUCUGGAAGAUAUCAGAUAAAUGGAGGAAAAUGUUCAAUAUUUCACAUUAAAACAGCAUGAAAGUGAAUUAGUGAGGCAUGUUCUUAGUUGUACGGACAUUAAAUGAUCCUUAAAAACAGAAUUUACAAAGUGAUGUUGUGGGUCUAGAGCAGGGGUGGGCAAUUAAUUUUUACCAGGGGACACAUGAGAAACCCAAAUUGUGUCAGAGGGCCACCAACUUUCUUCCAUUGUAAAAUGCUCUAAAUUAAAUAUUUUGAAUAGCUGGUACAGAUAAUCAGAAGAAUAAAGCACUCUGUAAAUAUUUAUAUGAGGUUAUGUGAAAUUGUGGUAUAUAGUAGGCGUUAGCAUGAACGAAGUGGAUUAUUUGCUUUCAUGUCCAUUUUCCUCAAUGUCUUUGGAGGAAAAGCUGGACGUUAAGAGAGUGGGAUCACAUCGGCCGUCAAUGUGAGCUUCUUUUCAGAUAAGGUAGGCCCAUGUUGACCUGUCAAAGGACUGUGACACCUUGUUUUUGCUGAAGGCGUGUUUUGCACUACAUGUCGCCAAACAGUUGUAAUAAGACAGUUGGAGCAGGCUAUCUGUGGGCAGUCGUUGCUGUUGGAACACGUUUUGUAGUGGUGUGUGUGUGUGUGUGUGUGUGUGUGUGUGUGAGAGAGUGAGUGAGUGAGUGAGUGAGUGAGUGAGUGAGAGAGAGUGUUGAUGUAGAGCACUGAAAAAGUAUAGUGUACCUGAUGUGAUGUUGCUUUUGCAGCUGUGUUAACCAUUUAAUCAGUAUUAUGCAUUUGUUAGCCCACCCAAAAAAUUUCACCACCAGCCGCAACUGUGUAUAAUACAAUGCAAAAAUGACAAUUUCUGCACAGGGUUAAUUUCUGUCACUUUAUCCUGCAUUCUCUUUAAAAGUCCAACAUUUUUCCCUGUCAGAUUUGGACAACCAUCUCUUGUCACACCUGCAAACUUGUCCCAUUUCAGUCCUAAUGUGUCCAAACAUGCAUUUACCUCUCUGAACAAGUCAUUACCAGUGGUUGUCCCUUUCAUCGACUGCAUGGCUGCCAACUCCUCCGUGAUUUGAAAGUUUGCAGUUAUCCCACGUAAGAAGAUGAGUAGCUGGGCGGUGUCACAUACAUCGCAGCUCUUAUCCAAAGCCAGAGAAAAACAGUCAAAGUCGGCCGCUCUGUUCUCCAGCUGAAGCUCCAAGUUUCCCGUGAUGUCCUCAAUCUGCCUCAUUACAGUGCGUUGGGAGAAGUGAAACCCUCUCAAAUGCGCCCUUUUUCUCCGGCCAUAUCAGCGCAGCAGAGUCCAAUAAACUCUCCUUAAUAAACUCUCUGUCAGAAAACGCCUUACUUUUUCUGUCGAUUUUGUGAGAAAUUACAUAACUUGUCCUGACGGCUGCAUCUCUGGGGGUGUGAAGUUUGGUAAAAAGUCCUUGUUGGGUUUGUAGUUUUGCAAGCAAUGCAUCAGACUCCCUUGCACGCUCUUCAUCAGACAGAUUUCUGUAUUUAUCUUCAUGCUUGGUCGCGUAGUGGCGAUUCAAAUUACAAUCUUGAAACACAGUGACCUGUGUACCACAGAUUAAGCACACUGCUUUACCUUUAACUUCUGUAAAGAAAUAUUUGGCAGUCCAUGUCUUGUUGAAAACACGGCAUUCGUUAUCAACUUUUCUUAGCGUGAGCCGACAUCUUGAGGGUGACCUGGCAAGUAUCACUUGUCACUGUUAACCUUCACUCACGUACAGCGUACUUGAGUGAAGUAUGAAUGUAUACGUUUGUAUGAACGUAACGUAACGUAACGCUUUUCAAAAUAAAAUUUCAAAUUUCAAAAUAAAAGUCAAAAAAGACAGAUGUUUGUUUGAUUUAUGUUGUUUAUGAUUGGCCUCAUGCGGGCUGGACAGGGACGUACAAAGGGCUGGAUGUGGCCCACGGGCCGUAGUUUGCCCAGGUCUGGUCUAGAGGCUCAAAGUGUGACAUUUACCAAACUGUGUGCAAUUAUGAGAGUCAAAUAUACCAAUGAAGCAGUGAAAUGGGAAAGAAUGAGUGAAAUUCUUCAAAGUUUCAUUGGAUUCAUCUCAUCUAAAGGACAUUUUCAUGAAUGUGGAAAAAUGACAGGAAGUGGUUUAAAGCAAAGAGCCAGAAAAAAUCAUAAAAUGAUAAAAUCCAAGAAGAGACUAAAGGAGAGCAGAACACUAAACUAUUGAGCUUCCACAUUGAAAUGAGGAGUGGAUUAAAGUCCACAGCAGCAGACAAAGAAGAAGAUGAAGCCAGAGAAGGUUUGGAUUCCUCAGCUGACAUGUAGAGUGUAGAUUCCCUCUCUGACUGUAGUUCCUGUAAAACAGCUUCUCAGGACAUUUAGUGUUGAAAUGGAGUCAUCACUUCUGGGAUUGAUUCUUCUUUAUUCUUCUCAAAAGCUUCAUAUUUACAGAAUUAGAAAGAAAUAGAAAAUGUUCCCAAACACACAUUUUCACAGAGUUCUGUUUUAACUCACCAUAAACUGAUCCAUCAGGUUUCCUGCUUCGUUGCCCUGACAACAGUGAUGUCACGGCCACUUCCUGUUAUUCAAGUCAGUUCCGUCUUUUACCGUCUUCAUGUUGCAGCUCCUUUUCUCCGUCUGAAUGUGAAGGUAGAAAGUGUGUGUGAGCUGCUGUGAGUUGAGCAUCAUGGAUGAGUGUGAGGACAGAGAGGAGGGAGUCCCUCCCUCUAAAAGCUCUCUGUGUGGGGAACAGGAGAACCAGAGCAAAGCUCAGAGGAAUCCACCUGGACCUGGACCUGGACCUGGACCUGGACCUGGACCUGGACCUCCAUCCAGCUGUGUGUCCUUCAAGAGUGACCAGUCUAAGGGUAUUCCUAUUGACUUGAAAGGAGAACCAGGUCCUGAAGUAGGAGGAAAGACAAAAAUCCAUCAGAGACCAGAGUACUCUGGACCUGGACCUGCAUCCAGCUGUGUGUCCUUCAAGAGUGACCAGUCUAAGGGUCUUUCUGUUGAAUUUAAAGGAGAACCAGGUCCUGCUGCAGAGGGGAAUCCACCUGGACCUGGACCUGGACCUGGACCUGCAUCCAGCUGUGUGUCCUUCAAGAGUGACUGGUCUAAGGAUAUUAUUUUUGAAUUUAAAGGAGAACCAGGUCCUGCUGAAGAGGGAGUGGAGCAGCAGAGCUCAGAGGUUCCCAGAGCUCAGUCUGUCCAGCAGCAUCACCUGGACUCCAUAUUCAUGCUGCUGGAGGACAACAUGUUGACUUUUGUGAAGAAGGAGCUGAAGAAGAUGCAGAAGCUUGUGAGUCCAGAUUACCCAGAAUGCUCCUCAGAGAGUCAGAGGGAGGAUGAAGAGGAGUUGGAGGGUGAUGAUAAAGAUGAGAGGAGCAGCAGAGAGAUGUUUGAGCAGAUCACAGUGUUGUUCCUGAGGAGGAUGAAGCAGGAGGAGCUGGCUGACUGUCUGCAGAGCAAACUUGCUGCUGCAGUUUGUGGACAUGAACUUAAACGUGGUCUGAAGAAGAAGUUCCAGAGAGUGUUUGAGGGUAUCGCUAAAGCAGGACAGAAGACCCUCCUGAAUGAGAUCUACACAGAGCUUUACAUCACAGAGGGAGGAACUGCAGAGGUCAAUGAUGAACAUGAGGUCAGACAGAUUGAAGCAGUAUCCAGGAAAGCAGACAGAGCAGAAACAAGCAUCAGAGCAGAAGAUAUCCUGAAAGGCUCACCUGGAAGAGAUGCACCAAUCAGAACAGUGAUGACAAAGGGAGUGGCUGGCAUCGGGAAAACAGUGUUAACACAGAAGGUGACUCUGGACUGGGCUGAAGACAAAAGCAACCAGGACAUCCACUUCAUGUUUCCAUUGACUUUCAGAGAGCUGAAUGUGGUGAAAGAGAGAAAGUUCAGCUUGAUGGGACUUGUUCAUCACUUCUUCAGAGAAACCAAAGCAGCAGGAAUCUGCAGCUUUGAAGACUUCCAGGUUGUGUUGAUCUUUGAUGGUCUGGAUGAGUGUCGCCUUCCUCUGGACUUCCACAACAAUGAGAUCCUGACUGAUGUUAGAGAGUCCACCUCAGUGGAUGUGCUGCUGACAAACCUGAUCAGGGGGAAGCUGCUUCCCUCUGCUCAUCUCUGGAUAACCACACGACCUGCAGCAGCCAAUCAGAUCCCUCCUGACUGUGUGGACAUGGUGACGGAGGUCAGAGGGUUCACCGACCCACAGAAGGAGGAGUACUUCAGGAAGAGAUUCAUAGAUAGGAAGCAGGCUGGCAGCAUCAUCUCCCACAUGAAGAAGUCACGAAGCCUCCACAUCAUGUGCCACAUCCCAGUGUUCUGCUGGAUCACUGCUACAGUUCUGGAGGAGCUGCUGAGAAGCAGAGCGGGAGGAGAUCUGCCCAGAACCCUGACUGAGGUGUUCAUCCACCACCUGGUGGUUCAGACCAAAGUCAAGAAGAUCAAGUAUGAUGGAGGAGCUGAAACAGAUCCACACUGGAGUCCAGACAGCAGGAGGAUGAUUGAGUCUCUGGGAAAACUGGCUUUUAAUCAGCUGCAGAGAGGAAACCUGAUCUUCUAUGAGUCUGACCUGACAGAGUGUGGCAUCGAUGUGGAAGCAGCCUCAGUGUACUCAGGAGUGUUCACACAGAUCUUUAAAGAGGAGAGAGGGCUGUACCAGGACAAGGUGUUCUGCUUCGUCCAUCUGAGCGUUCAGGAGUUUCUGGCUGCUCUUCAUGUCCAUCAGACCUUCAUCAAUUCUGGAAUCAACCUGUUGGAAAAAAAACAAACUGCCUCCAAGAAGUUGAAAGUAUUUCUAAAGAAACCUGAACUAAAACAUCUCUACCAGACAGCCGUGGACGAGGCCUUAAAGAGUCCAAAUGGAAACCUGGACUUGUUCCUGCGCUUCCUCCUGGGUCUGUCACUGCCGACCAAUCAGAAUCUCCUACGAGGCCUGCUGACACAGACAGGAAGUAGCUCACAGACCAAUCAGAAAACAGUGGAGUACAUCAAGGAGAAGAUCAGUGAUGAUGUGUCUGCAGAGAGAAGCAUCAAUCUGUUCCACUGUCUGAAUGAACUGAACGAUGUUUCUCUUGUGGAGGAGAUCCAACAGUCCCUGAGAUCAGGACGUCUGUCCACAGAUGAACUGUCUCCUGCUCAGUGGUCAGCUCUGGUCUUCAUCUUACUGUCAUCAGGAGAAGAUCUGGAUGUGUUUGACCUGAGGAAAUACUCUGCUUCAGAGGAGGUUCUUCUGAGGCUGCUGCCAGUGGUCAAAGCCUCCAAGAAAGUUGUGUAAGUAGUUGGA